AUUUUUACUUUCAGUAAGAGAAUAAGAUCAAGCCUGGGGGAUGUCUCAGGUUCUGAGCUGUCCCUUGCAAGAGUAACCAGUCAUUAAAUCACAGUGCUCAAGGAUUCAUGGCAAACCUGACCUGGACCUAGAGAGAAAGAAACGGGACUCAAAGAAGCUGAGCAGGAGAGUGCCCGCGCGUCGGCGCCCCGAUGGCAGUGGGUGCUCUUCUUGUCAGCCCGGCCGCUGGCCUUCCUAGAUUCCUCUCCUGGGUGUCUCUCUUUCGUGUUUGCUGUGGGGCUUGGAUGCCUUCCCGUGUGUGUGCACCUGGCUCAGCCGCGGGCAGGCAAACAGCAGCACCACUGUCGGACGGGUCCGGCCAAGUCCCAAGUGGGCGGCUCCCAGACUCAGGUGGCUGGGCUGUACUUUGACCGAACGAUCAGCUCCAUGGAGGCUGGGCAGUUGCAAAGGAAGAUAACUAUACCACUGACUGUCAACCCAAAAGAAAUUCAGAGGGUCAGGGAUGGAAUUUUGGGUUCCCCAGAGGCUGCCUCAGCCACGGGGGAGGCCCAUAGCCCCAUCAAAUGAUCCAGACUGGGGGCUUCAGAGAGAUGGGCAUCAUCGGCCGGCUCCUCACCCUCAGCACAACAGAGAGAGGUUCCAUCAAUGGCAAGAUGUCCGAGGGGGCCCCCAGCCUCAGCAGGACCCCAGAGCAGACCACCGGCAGCCCCACUAUGCAUCCAGGCCUGGGCAAUGGCACCAGCCCUUGUCCGGAGUUGACUGUUACGAAGGUGGUUAUCUUAGUCAGUUGUAUGCAAGGCCAGGUUAUAUGGAUCAGUACCAGAGCCCUCAUUCUGCAGCACUGAGGGAAGAAUGUACUCACGGAAAGCGUUACUAUCCUGGGUUCCCACAGUGGCUGCAGGAAGCAAGAGUGCCAAGGCAAGGGAGUCCUUAUGUCUGGUAUGAAGAUUACCAAGAUCAAAAGUACUUCAGUGAACAUCAUCAUGAAAACCAGCGUAGUGUGUUUGGAACACACAAUGAGACCCAGUCCCACUCCAGCAGCCAGAACCCGUACAACCACAGCCCUGCUUCCAGCCCUGGGCAGGAGAGGGCCAGGGAGCUGCUGCCAGAGAGUCUGCUCACUGGGGCCCAGGAGAACAAGCCACCAUUGACCUGCGAGUCCAGCCUCCUCCGGCAGCACGAGUCCGGCCUCAGCUCCAGCAGCUGUGAGCUCAGCCAGUACAUGGCAGACGCUGAGCAGUGCGUUUCUGUGGCUUCAGCCGCUUGGAGCCCAGUUCAGGCCGGGGAUGUCUCUGCAGCUGAUCCCAAAGCACCCAUGAAGUUCUAUGGCCCUCAUGUACCUGUGAGUUUUGGACCAGGAGGUCAGCUGGUGUGUGUGGCGCCCAGCUCGCCCACUGGUGGGCGAACAGCCCUUGUUGACCUGCACAGCGUGGAGAUUAUUCUUAACGAUUCAGAAGAGCAAGAGGAGAUGAGAAUUUUCUCAGGACCCCUGAUCAGGGAAGAUGUACACAAGGUGGAUAUCAUGAUGUUUUGCCAGCAGAAAGCAGCUCAGAGCCGGAGAUCUGAGACACCGGGGAGCAGAGACUCAGCUCUGCUGUGGCAACUCUUGGUUCUCCUUUGUCGCCAAAAUGGGUCCAUGGUGGGGUCUGACGUUGCUGAGCUGCUGAUGCAGGACUGCGGGGCGCUGGAGGAGUACAAGAGGCAGCCCCCUGUGGCCAACCUCAUCCCUCUGACCGAUGAGGACUGGCCCGUCCUGAGCUCUGGGAACCGGAACCUGCUCACUGGGGAGAUCCCCCCCAGCGUGGAGACGCCUGCUCAGAGCGUGGAGAAGUUCACUGAGCUGCUCUACUAUGGAAGGAAGAAGGAAGCCUUGGAGUGGGCCAUGAGGAGCCAGCUGUGGGGCCAUGCUCUGUUCCUGGCCAGCAAGAUGGACACAAGGACCUACAGCUGGGUGAUGAGCGGCUUCACCAGCACACUGGCGCUCAACGACCCCCUGCAGACCCUCUUCCAGCUCAUGUCCGGGAGGAUUCCACAAGCAGCCACGUGCUGUGGGGACAAGCAGUGGGGAGACUGGAGGCCUCACCUGGCUGUGAUGCUGUCCAAUCAGGCUGGGGAUGCAGAGCUGCACCAGCGUGCUGUUGUCGCCAUGGGAGACACCCUGGCCGGGAAGGGGCUGGCGGAGGCGGCCCACGUCUGCUACCUCGUGGCCCGCCUGCCCUUCGGCUACUACACCGCGGAGACCGCCCGGAUGGCCUUGCUGGGCAGCAGCCACAGUCAAGAGUUUUGGAAAUUUGCAACAACUGAGGCGAUGCAGAGGACGGAAAUCUUCGAGUACUGCCAGAUGCUGGGCCGCCCCAAGUCCUUCAUCGCUCCCUUCCAGGUGUAUAAGCUCCUUUAUGCUUCCCGUCUGGCCGAUUAUGGCCUCGUGUCCCAGGCCUUGCAUUACUGCGAAGCCAUUGGCGCGGCUGUCUUGAGCCAGGGAGAGAGCAGUCACCCCGUGCUCUUAGUGGAACUCAUCAAGCUGGCGGAGAGACUGCAGCCGUCGGACCCUCUGGCUGUAGCCGGGCACGGCGGAGACAGAGGCCUGGAGCCAGACUGGCUGGCGCAGCUUCGGAGGCUGCAGGAGGGUCUGCAGCAAAAGCUAACAGGAGACCUUGUGGAUCCUCAUUCUGCUCGCUCAGAUAUUUCAGGGUCCAGAGGAGCAACAACAGAGAACACUUUCUACCAGGAUCUUUCCGGACCUCAGGGUUACUCAGAAGCCCCUGGACAUCGCUCAGCCCUGUGGCCGACAUCUGAGCAGACCUGCCUGCCCCAGCCCAGCCCACAGCAGCCCUUUCCCCUCCAGCCGGGCUCCUACCCAGCAGGAGGGGGUGCAGGGCAGACCGGGGCACCGAUGCUUCUUUACUCAGUUCCUGAGACCCAUCUGCCAGGGACUAGUGGCAGCGUGGCAGUGACACAGGUUCCUGGAGGAACAGUCUGGGAGGAAACGCUGCAGACACACCCGCUCCCUGGAGAGUAUACAGCAUUUCAAGAAACUUUCCAGCAUCCUGAUGGUCUAAAGGUCAUUUCCAAACCACAGGCGCCACUGGUUCCCAGAGCACGAAGCAUUUCCGAGAGUUCCACCAUGUCGGCCACGGAGGAUGAGGAGGAGUCCUCCGAUGAAGCUGAUAAAAAACCUCCCCCAAAUGCCGCAGGGACAGAAAAGCCAGGAGAUGGGCAAGGGAGCACAAAGAGCUCAGGCUUUGGCUGGUUCAGCUGGUUUCGAUCGAGGCCCACGGACCGCGCGUCCCCCUCCAGAGAUGGAGGCCCGACGGACAGUGCGGACUCUGAGGGUGUUUCCUCUGAGCUCUUCUCCAGGCCUGGUGUUCUGCUUCCUCCUCCUUCCUCAAAAGAGGCUGUUCCCCUUUACAACCCGUCGCAGGUCCCUCAGAUGCCCAUGGCCACCAGCCAGAACCGGCCAAACCGCCUCGCAGCGCCGCUAUCCAACCCAGCCGUGCUGAGAAUGGCCGCGCGUCCCAGGCUGGUCUCUCGGGAGUGCCACUUCCACAUCGCUCUCCGCCUGUCAAGCCCCAGCCCCUCUGCCCUGGCGGGGACCUCGGAGGGUUGUGCUGGCCUGUUGCCUCCCCCAGGCACUUAGAGAGGAAGAGGACAGGGUCUCCCAAGACUCAACUGAAGAAUGAUGGAAAUUAUGUUGUCAGAUGGAAAAUCUGGACCUAAUAGCAGACUGGAAAUGAGCAGAGUGACAUGGCAGCAGCAGUGAAGGUGGCAGUAUGCGAUCCUGAGAGAAGUUAGGGCCCCAACAAUCCCAUAGCUGGAAGCAACGUGACCCCACUGGGCUCUGUAGCAGGAAAUUGAGGAGGGGGAAGGGCAGGGGCUCAGAACAAUGUUCUAGACUAACUUUCAUAUCCUCCCUGGCUUAUAUAGACUGGCACAUGGCUCUAGUUAACAAAGGUUUUAUACGGAAAUUUGAUGAUUGCUGCCCUUCAUAAUCCCCUCUUCAGUGACAUUUCAGCAGUGAUCCUCUUGGUCCCAGUUUUGUGCACAUUUUCUGUGUGGUUCAGAUUAAUUAUAUUUCUUGCACUCUCUUAGCUGGUCCUAUUUUUUCACAUUCUGGCAUGUGGCUAUCAAGUUAGAUUGCUGUAGGCAUCAUAUUGUCAUGGUAACUACUGAACCUAAUGAUGCAGAUGGAUGGAACAUCAGUAUAAUAAAUGAUGGAAAGUGUUUCCUAAAAAUUCCUCCCUGCCAUGAGAGGGGAGGAAUGAGUGCCUGAUAUUGUUAAUAUCUCCCUUCCUACCUCAGGCCUUUGCAAAUUGAUGUUCAGAGGGUCACUGGAGCCGGGUGUGUGUGUGUGUGUGUGUCACAUCUUGAACAUUUCCAUUUCUCUUUUCACAUCCAAAAUAGGAAUGGCUCUUGCUGUUUAUAAGAUUUGCUGAAAAUUGCUCCUCACAAAGAACAUUUUUUUGUUUGUGUAAUUGUACAUACAGGUUUGAUACUUUAGUGUUCUGAUGUUGUUAGUGAUUAAACCCAGAUAAUUUUAUAGCAAA